AUUCCCCGUCCUGGUUUUAAAGAUAGCCACGCUAAAAUGUCAUCAAACGUGCUGAUUGGUCAACAUUUUCUCCCCCUGUGAACUUGUCUGCGGGAGAUAUACUUAGUUCAGGGAGAUAUAUUCGGUUACAGAAAAAUAAAUAUUUUCUGACUUAAAAUUUGUCCUUGAACAUACUCCACUCCACCGCUCGGAACACUUACACUUCAUUCAAGUCAUAUUCUUGAUCAGUACAUAAAUCAGAACAUGGCCGAUGCAAAUUUGGUUUCAAAAAUCCAGUCAUACGGCCUUAUAAAACUAGGAAAGAUCAUGGAAGGCAGUUUGGGAAUACCUACUGAUGGCGUAAACACAAUCGAUGAAGCUCGUGCAAGAGUGUAUGAAAAAAUUGCUGAAUCUCAAAAAAUGUCUGAUUGGACACUCGGAGAGGCAUUUUCCGUAUUUUCAGAUGCGAAAAACAUGGAUGUAUUGAAGCGGACAGAAUUACUGAGUCUCUAUAAGAGGGUGGAAGAUGCUUUAAAAACUUGUGACGAGAAAAUGCUGCAGAGUUUGAAUACCAAGUUUUGCGUUAAGAACAUUGUUGGUGAAAUUCAGCUAAGGAUGAAUAAGCUUCAAGUUGAAGAAUAUGUUGUUCUUAUUGCAGGCGAGACUAGCGCCGGAAAAAGUAGUUUCAUCAACCUAAUCCUUGGAGAAGAAAUUCUUCCAUCUUGUACCCUGCCUGCGACAGCAACUAUUUGUGAAUUAAGAUAUGGAGAGGUAAGAAAGCUUUUAGCAUAUUACAAAGAUGAGCAGAAACCAGAGAAGCGUACCUUACAAUCCGAGACGACAACCAAAGAAGAGCUUAUCUUACGAGACCCAGCAGAAGGACAGAGCUAUCUUGAUCAACUGGCAGAAUAUUUGAAUCAAAGGGGUGACCUUGAAAAAGGAUCACCGUUCAAAAAAUGUGAACUAUUUUGGCCUCACGAUUUGCUUAAGAAUAACAUAGUCAUUGUUGACAGUCCAGGAAUUGGCGAAUCAAAUGUUUUAGAUGAUGUUGUGAAUGAUUAUCUUCUGACCGCGUUUUGUUUUGUUUAUGUCAUUAACAGCAGUAAUGCAGGGGGAGUUCAAAGUGAUCGGAUACUCAAGCUUUUGGAGAGAGUUAAAAACCAAUCCCUUGAAUGCUUUCUUUGUGAACGUGCCGUGUUCAUCUGCAAUAAAUGGGACCUAAUCAAAAGUAAUGAAGAAACCGAUGUCAAAAAAUAUACAAUCGAUCGUCUCAGAAAAACAUGGCCAAAUUUGAAUCCAAAGACCCAGGUGGUUCAAAUGUCAACCACCAAUGCAGUUGAAGCUCAAGGUUUCGGGAUUAAAUCUGAACCGUUUGUUACAGUUAUGGACGCAAUCAAAACAAUGAUGCUCAAAACUAUUGCUGCAAGACUUGAAGCUGAGUGGAGGUGGUUAAAUGAUGUCCUUUCCAGGGUGAUAUUUCUAACAAAAUUAGUAAUAAAUCGAGCCCAAAGAGAUAAUUUGGCAGAUGAUCUUACGAAAGCUAUUUUAAUCUUAGCCGUGAUUGAAGGUGAACGCAUUAAACAGGUUGAUCGCCUGGAAGAAGAGUUUAAAAAGAUAACCGCGAAAACAGUUCACGAAAUCCUAAAAUAUCUUUCUUCAAGCACUUUUGAGACCAAUUUCAAGUCAUGGGAUGAAGAUGAAUGCCCCCAUGCGCAAAAAACGUGGGAAGAAACAGAGGAAAAAAUUUCUGAAGCGUUAAAGCAAAGGCUUACAGUGGAAAUUAGAAAGUGGGAAACUCGGAAUAAUGUUAUUGAAAACGCUCGGAAACUAUUGUUCAAUCACAUAACAAGGGAAAGAGAUAAUCUUCAUGCGCGUAUACAAAGUGUGGAAGAUUACGUUGUUCAAGAUCCUGUUGAAGUCAGAUCUACAGAAGACGACGCAACGCUGACAACCGGAGAAAAAAUUUUGGUCGGAGUACUAUCUCCAAUUUUGGUACCUGUGGUACUGGUUGCUGGAAUUCUUAGCCUACCUGUUUUAGGUGUAAUUGCAAUAAAAAACGCCGUUCAAACAUCGGGAAAUCUUAAGGAGUAUAGUAACAAUAAACCGAAAUAUAUGAAAAACCAAGCUAUCGAUUUUCUUCGUCAUUCAAUCGAUCCAAGUAAGUUUCAUCCCUAUGUCUUACGGCAAUUUGAAGAAAUACGCAACAUCCUCGACGAGAUAAAGAAAAAAAUUCCAGCGAUGAUUGCCGCUGACAAAGAAUUCAUUAAUCUACUUAUUAAAGAGAGUGGGUCGAUAUUGCAAGAUGCCAAUAAAUACACCCCUAUAUAUGAAGAAUGCUCUAAAAUAAUGGAUGAUUUAUCCAUUUUUGCCAUCAAUGGGGUUUUCCUUAGUGAUAUUGACUUUAAAAAUCUAAAGUACACUAAGGAAUCCUCACUUGGUCAUGGGUCGUUUGCAGAUGUUUUUAAAGGAAAGAUGACAACACAGGAAGGAAAAUCGUUGGAUGUUGCUGUUAAAGUCUGCAAAGAAGCGCUCACAACACAGAAUGCUUCCAUGCUGUUAGCAGAAGAACAAAUGUUGAGAAAACUUGACCACAAGAAUGUAAUAAAGUUUUAUGGAAGAGCUUUGCAGCCUGGUCCGAGUGGUUCGAAAUUUGUCUUCGUGAUGGAAUUAUGCGGAGAAAGUUUAAGGAAAUUUCUCCUUGACCAUCCAGAUUGUAUUCCAGCAAACGCACCAGGAGAGAAUGUAGCUCAAAAAAUUAAAUCUGUGUUACAAAGAGCAAAGGAAAUUGCGGCGGGGCUUGAAUAUCUGCAUGGACUUGGUAUUGUUCAUCGGGACUUAAAGCCUGAAAACAUCCUUUUUGGGAAAGACAAUUGCAUGAAAAUAGCUGAUGUUGGUAUUUCCAAGAAUAUAACAGAAGUGACAGGGACGAUAGCUGGAACACCCGUGUACAUGGCCCCAGAAAUAUUUGCUGGCAAAAUUUGUGAUGCUAGUGCUGAUAUUUACAGUUUCGGGCUGAUCUUGUGGGAGAUGUGGUAUGGUGAGGUAGUUUACAAUGAGCUUCACAAUAUAUCAUUCAAGAAAUUUCGUGAGUUGAUUGCAAAUGGCCACAGACCAAAAUGCAAAGCCGUAGGGGGUAUUGCGGAAACGUAUGCGUCACUUAUAAAGCAAUGUUGGUCAACCGUUCCAAAAGAGCGUUUAGCUGCUUACGAGUGUGUAGCUAAAUUGGACAAAAUAGCUCGACAUGCAUCGAAGAUGAAUGAAUCCAUUUUACAUUCCUAAGUAUGAAUUUUACAUAAUUUACGUUAAUGAUAAUCAUAUAUUAAUCGAACAUUAUUUGAAGGCAAAAAAUAUUUUGUCGGGUGUUUUAUAUAUAAUUAAUUUUUACAUUCCAUUCAUUUUAUCAAGACCAAUGUCGUACACGGGGUUUGUGAGAAAAGGAGCCAAUUAUAAAUCCUUCAUAAUUCUUUAAGAUAGUGGGUCUAAACGCCAUGCAGGCUGGCUACGUUACUGGCUUUAUGCUUGGGGCGAAUAUUAUAUAUAAUUAAUGCGUUUUCAUACAGUUACGGUACGUAAUUAUUUGAAAAAAAAUCCGUAGCAGAAGAUUAGUAGACCUACAUUCUUUUAAAAACGUCAACAAAUAUUUGACAACUUCACGACGAUUUUAAAUAAACGAAGUUUUAUGCAAAAUAUAGCUAAGCAACGUGCCGUACAUUGUACUUGUUUAAUCCAAAAGGAUGAAUUGUUUUAAGUAAAGCAUUUUAGAAAUUACUGGCUAUUUCAUGGCUAUUUCAUGGCUAUUUCAUUGGUCACUCUGCCAAAAGAACUUCGUCCCAAAUUGAAAAAUCGCUUAGGUGACUUUCGCGCUAUGAUAAUUUGAUACCGCUCGACCUUUGUUUUUGUGUCGUUUUUGUUUUCCACUGACACGCCAGCAUUAUCGGUAUCGAACCCACUAUCUAAUUCUUCCAUGCUAAAAAAUGUUUCAACUGAUUAUUUUACAACCAAUGCAAUCGCACUAACCUGAAAUAUCUGUAAAGUAUUUCUUUUCUAAAAAAACUCCUUUUCCUGCACCCAGUGUAUACAUUAUAAUUACCUAUAUUAUAAGGGAAAUCUAAGUAUUUUCAUUAAAGACCAAACAACGGUAACGAGUAAUGUAAGGUAUCAUUCUAUGUGCGUUUUGACUUCAUUUUUAAUCACCACCAGAAAUUAUCGUAUUACCAGCGAAUGCGUUAUAUUUACGAUGUAUAAUGUUUUAUAACUGGAAAAAAUUGAUAUAAAUAAACCAAAACUCGUUUUUUUAGAAAUUGAGAAACGAAAACCUUUACUGGCAACAUGUAUAAGACAUGUUGAUGACACACUGUUUUUGCCAAAUUUUUCGGACAUUAAUAACCAAGGCUAGUUUAUGGAUUUAUCUCGUUUCGUGAUCGCAAAGAAUUGGUUUAUAUCGCUUGUUAAAAAACUUUGUGGUUAAAAACUACCGAGAGUUUAUAAUUUUGCAAGAGACUAAAGCCCCAUUCACAUGCAUGCACGGUAACGGAUUGCCAUUGGAACAUGUCAAAUUUUGAAGUUUAAUAAUAAUGUCCAAAUCCUGAAUAAAUUUAUGAAUGAAAUCACUCAAAUUAAUAAUCAUUUGCUCGUCAUGAUUGCUUCAUAACGGCAGACGAAGAUCAUGCCGAAGAUCGAGCAAGUCUGGCAACACAACCUAAAAGCAGUAAAACAAAUUUCAUGGAGGAUAGGUUUACAAGUUUCACUAGCGUAUUAAAAUUAAUAUUUGUAGCAUACCGCGGGGGAACUAAGCAUCUGCCAACUUUAAAAUAUUGUGACUAAUGUAGCAAAAUUCUAUAUUUGUUUUAUGGUUUGUUUGGCCCAGGUGUAUAAUUUCAACAAUGUAAUAGAGCAUAUAAUUUUAUAGAAUAUAACAAAAAUUAACAGUAUACUAUUCCUACUGAAGAACUGUCGCAUCAAUUGCUAUAUAAACGCUGGUCAGAUUGACUGUUGAAAAAACACACUUUAAUUGAUGACACUAAAAUCGAAUAAUGUUUACAUUCUUUGCAGUUAUCGUUGUUUAGUAGUGCUGUAUCUAUAUGAUUUAUACAGUACAAGCUACAUAUAGCUAAUUGAUUAUCUUUAAGUAAUGUAAUGUAGCAUAAUUUAGCACUACAUAUUUUCUCUUCUGUAACUAUGUUUAUUCCUAUUUGCACUGAUGGUAUAUACAUUUAUAGCGAGUUCUU